AUGUCGGCAGCUGGCCGUGAACCAGUCUUCCCGACUCGCCAGUCGUUGGGUUUGAUGAAGAGCAAGCUUAAGGGUGCAGAGACUGGCCACAGUUUGUUGAAGAGAAAGAGUGAAGCUUUGACAAAGCGCUUUCGAGACAUUACCCGGCGCAUCGAUGAAGCGAAACGAAAGAUGGGACGAGUCAUGCAAGUGGCUUCCUUCUCCCUGGCGGAGGUGACCUAUGCCGUUGGAGGAGACAUUGGAUACCAGAUCCAGGAAUCCGCCAAGCAGGCUCGAUUCCGUGUACAGGCCAAACAGGAGAACGUGUCCGGUGUCUUCCUGCCUCAGUUCGAGGCGUACCAGGAGGAGGGAAUCAACGACUUCGGUUUGACUGGUCUUGGGAAAGGUGGUCAGCAGGUUCAACGCUGCCGGGAGACCUACGCUCGAGCAGUUGAGACCUUGGUUGAGCUUGCUAGUUUACAGACUGCAUUCCUUAUUCUUGAUGAGAUGAUCAAGGUUGUCAACCGGAGAGUGAACGCAAUUGAGCAUGUCAUCAUUCCUCGAACUGAAAACACAAUCAAAUACAUCAAUUCCGAGCUCGAUGAGCUUGACAGAGAAGAAUUCUACCGACUUAAAAAGGUCUCGAAUAAGAAGCAGAGAGAUACUGCCGCGCAAGACGCAGAGAUCCUGGCUGCCAGACAGAAGGCAGCUGAGAAGAACACGGGUGAUGUUCCUGAUGUUCUCGGGGAACAGGAAGAUCAAGAUGUGAUCUUCUAG